AUGAGACUGCUGCUUGAAAAUCGGCAAGUGACAGACAGGGACAUUGUACGCGCAGAUGGGAGCACAGCCUUGCACUGGGCGAGCCGAAACGGGCAUUGCGAUAUUAUUCCGCUUCGUCUGAGCACAGGACUCGUCGAUGUCAACAUGCCAGACGCAGCUGGGAAGAGAGCGCUUCACUCGGCUGCAGCCAAGGGCCACGUUGGGGUGGUUCACAUCCUCUUGGAUCAAGGGUCCAGGGCAGACUUGGAAAGCACAUGCGGCGAUUACGCCAUCCACGAUGCUUCGGCGAAUGGGCAUGUUGACGUGGUCGAAGCCCUGGCAGGGAAGAUGAGUGACAUUCUGAUAACAGGCAGCAAGGGCACGACUUUGACGCUUGCAGUCGUGAACCAGCACUCUUCUGUGGUCAAGUUCAUCCUCCGUUAUGCGAGAACGCGGGUGAUCCGGGUGAGUCGGCUGAGUCGCCUGCUCUACAAGGCCGUCGAGAAUGGCGACGUGGUAACUCUCGAUAUGCUGCUCCGGCACGCAGACGAAACGAAUCCACCAGAAUCGACGACUUUCCGCUACGGGAGGCUGCUGCGGCCGGUCGCAACGCCGAGCAGAUGCUCAGUUUGCUGCUAG